CUUGCUACAGCCGCCACAAGAAAUAGCGACGAUAGUGAUACGGGAUUUUGGAUGACGAUGAAGAUCUGCUUGUUAGUUUAAAAGUUUCGACGACCCUCAAAGUUGUGAAGAACAACAACGACGAUUGAGGAUAAUUUCACCACGCACAGCAAUAGCUCUCGCGUUAAUUCCUGCUCUACUACCUGCUCAGGGGUUACAAACAAAACGAUGGGAAUGAUGAUGAAGGAAAGAAAUCCCUUUUUCUCCGCGACCGCCUGUCCGAGUACGAGCAUUGAAGCCUUUCAUCAGAGUACGAGUACUCGCAGUCCACAGCACGAGAAGCUAUUCCACACGGUAAGAGCCAGCUGGAGAAAAAGCCGAAGGAUACUAGCGAAUAAAGGAAAAGAACAAGAUAAAAAGCCGAAUGCUGUUGACUACAACAGAGAGUGUAGCUCCGACAAAAAUGAUCUGCUUCAGCAACUCCAGGCGAGUUUUCGUCGGAAGCUGCAGGCCGAAGUGGAUUGCCUUGCUGGAAGCGGAGCGAUAGAUUUCCGAAAGAACGUGUCGGAGUCGUGGGACAAACUUUUCCAGAUAUCAGCGAAGAUUUUACGGGUCGAUGUGGUCGAGCGCCCGCUAGGCCGAUGGCGCACGCCACCGCAACGAAGCGACGACAAAAAUCGUCUUUUUGCUUACUCUUUCAAGCUCCUCAAAAAGGUCAAGAAUAAAAGCACGAACGGGAUCAAAAGCACGAGCGACAGUGGUGGCAAGGAAUACUAUCGCUAUCCUCAAUGCAAAAGUUUUUGUCGUACACGUACUUCUCAUGCAAAUGGUCAUGGUGGAGAUAGUUUUUCAUGCCGUGCCGCAAGUUGCAUCUUUCUGUUUCUUCUCGUCUCCCACAACUACUCCUACCUUUUUUGACCGCAUUUUUUCAAAUUAUACUUACAAACUUCCCUUCGCUUUACUGAAAUUCGCCGCGCUGCACUUCCAACGUCAGGCUAGUACACUGCAGUGCGAUAGAAAUUGUACUUUUGUAAUCCAUACGGAGAUAAUGCCAAUCGUUACGCUGUGGGACGCUGACGACCCUCCCGACGGCGCAGUGCCGAAUCCUCCGCCAAUGACCCCAUUAGAUCACGCAGGGCAACUAUCGCACGAAAAAACUGUUUCACUGUGAACUUGUGAUGCAUAGAAUGGAGCACGCAACUGUUUGUGUUGCUACACAUGCACGGGAUUGGAAUUCAAGCGUGUUUUCCCUUGGUAAACGCGCAUGACAGGUUUUUAGAAGUCUCAUGUGUAGCAAACUUGUGAUGCAGAUCUUGCAAAAUCAUCCCAGUGAAACAGUUUUUUCUUUGCAUAGCAACCCGUGCCACACAAUGACUUCAACGCGCACUACGACUCGCACGAGUACUGCAGCAUGAUCGGCGGCGCACGGAGCAUCAACCUCAACACCGCGCCACAAGAACCUCCACCGCAGCUCUCCUUACAGCCCUCCACCAGCACGACAACAUCCACGUCCACCAACUACUGGGGCACCGAACAAAUAUUAGGACCGCGACACUUCCAGUUCGCUUACGAUGUUUUUAUUUCAGAGGUUUUUUCCGUUUCGUUCUGGGCGUUGUGGAUCUUCUUGCUGUGCUCCAUUAUCGCCCUGGAUUUCACCUACUGCGUCAUCACCCACUACGCGAAAAUUACGCUUCGUGGCUUGUUCUGGAAUCAAAUUUACCUACGGGAGGACAUGCGCGAGAGGCGUUUGCGGUGGCGGAGAGGUGCUGUACCAGGCGGCAGGUGGUCGUGCAGCAGGAGGGCCAUGAGUAUAAUGCGUGACAGCGCGGCGCUACAGAUUCUUCGAGGGGUCAUCAUAUUCAAACUCUGCCUAAUUUUCCCGGGGCACUGUGGAACGAACGCGGCGUAUCCGAAGUAGAAAAAAGUGCUCUAUAGCUUUCACAAAUGUGUUUUGUACUUCUAGCAACACAGCUUUGUUGGUCUGCUCGAAAACGACCACGACAAAAUAAAUUUGCAACACUUCUGGGCCUGGGCCUGCUCUCGUCCCGCAUGAAAGUGCUUGUCAUCUGCCUUUCCGUUUGAUAUUCCCUUCCUCCUCCUGCUACAUAUUCGUGUAAAAAGAAAAACCGAAGCACUCUUUUCUUUUCUCCAUACGGGGAGUUUGGAGCCGACGAUCUACCUCCGCUCCAACGCAUCCCUCGCCGUCACCAGAAACGAACCCUGUCCCGUGAUUUGGCUCUCCAACAAGGAGCCCCUGACCGAUCCGCACACAAACGAGCCCCUGCAGUUGGGGAUGUUCCGGGCCACCUUCACUGACGCGACGGACUUGGUUCCGUUUGGGAAGGCCAGCCACCCUUUGUAUCAUUUGGACCACCGGGUGUUCCCCAGAUUUCCGAGACACCUAACCGAGGCGAAGAUGGGGGUGCGGAAAGUUUCCUUCCUCUUCCCGUAUCCUGUGCAAAAGUAUCGUACUCGUAGUAAUCGCAAUUAUGCAUCACAAAUCUGGUUCCCAAGGCAAAUCAGCAUGAGAAAUUCCAUUUGUCGUGCUGAGCGAAUUUGUGUUGCAAUUACCACUAGUACGAUACUUUUGCAGUUCAUAUCCCGCCCUUGGAAACGAUGGACCAAUUGAUGUUUUCUCUGUUCGAAUAUCAAGUGCAAAAAUAAAUGUCUGGGUCUGGAAGGAUGUAACCUGUGAUGCGCAUUUCAGAACACACAAAAAUCUCUCAUGCAUGGGUAGCAAAAGCUGCUCACUUUCUGUCACCAAAAUGGGGGAUUUGUCAUGCGGGUUCGGCAUUGCGGAAGCUUCUCGAAACCUGUGAUGCUAGAGCUUCCAUGCCAGACCUUCCGUGUCAUGCAGAAACAGCAUGACUCUUCCAGGAGACCCAGACAGUUUUACAUUUGAUAUCGAAGAGGCGCGGGAAAAUUUUCCGAACGACGUCUUCAUCGACCUGACCACGGAGACGCGACUCCCGGCGUUCCAAAACUACACCUUCUCCAUCCUGUUCGGCCAGGACAACCAGGACCUCCCCUCGCCGCGACUGUUGGAAGCCAUCGCGCACGGCGUGGUGCCCACCUUUCUCUGGUGGCAGGACGAAACUACCGGGGAACCGAUUUUCAAACAUUUUCUUGAUUACUGCUACUACUUCAAGUACGCGGUCGCGAAGUUCCGCUUCCCGAGCUUCACGCCGCAGUCCGCGCACAAGUUUCUCACCGAAUCCGCCCACUCGGACGCGAUUUACGUGAUGCAGUCGUCGCUGAAGCUGGUGCAGGACUUUUUCUACUACCGGUACCGCCUCCCCUUCGAAGAGAACCUUUUGCAGCAGGCGCGAAUGGUGUGCCGGGAGCAGGAACAGGCGCAGUUGACCCCCUUCGCUUUCAUCGGGGUGCUGUCCGGCAAAGCGAACUUCAACCGGCGCCAGGCAAUGCGCGACACCUGGCUGAAAGUUCUCGAAAACGACCUACCCCGCGGUCCGGGGCCGAACAAGGCGCGGCCGCAGCGCGACGAGAGUCCGAUGCGGGUGACCUACAAAUUUUUCGUGAAUCGGGUGGGGAGCGAACAAUCGGACGAGGAAGACCCGGAUUGGCUGUUGCGCGGCGAGUAUGCAUUGCAAAAGUAUCGUACUAGUAUAAAUUGCAUUACAAAUAAUUAGCCCAGCAUGAUUACAAAUUGAAUUUGUAAUGCUGAUUUGCCUUGAGAAAAAAAUGUAAUGCACAAGUGCAAUUAGUACUAUGAGUGCGAUACUUCUGCACAGGAUAUCGAGGCGGAGCUGUUUCGGGAUGUUGUGUUCGUCGACGCGCCGCCCGAGUACCCGAUCGGCAACCAGGGGAUGCAGAUGUGGCACUGGGUGGCGAACCACACCGACGCGGGGUACAUUUUGAAAAUUGACGACGACAUCUACCUGCGCCCCGUGCAGUUCUUCCAGCACCUGAACCAGCUCCAGCGCGCCCAACUCUACCUGGGCGCCUUCGACUACAGCGGUGAGGUGAUCCGGGAUCCCGAUUCCGCGCACUUCCUUGCGGACGAAAAGUUUGUCAGCGUAUCAAAGUGAAAAAAAGCCCCCUCCCCAUAUUGAAACGCAAAUUUCUGUUGCUGGAUUUGUGUACACAAAUCAUUGCUGUAUUGCAGCAAGCGCUGGCAGGCAACACUUCCUAAGGCUGAUUAGGUAUGCAAAGGGCUAGCACUCAGGCAUGACAGACAGCUUUGCAGUAGGCAAAAGCGCAUGACAGCUUAGCUGUGGAAUGCGCCACACGGCUAGCAUUUGCCUCAUAUGCAAGACAAAGCUGAUUUAUGAUCACAAACCAGCAUCACAAAUUUCAGUUGUGAGUUUGGCGAGGGGAGAUUUUUCCUCACGAUACAACGACGUCUUUCCGCCGUACGCGCGGGGGGCGGGGGUGGUGAUCACCCUGGAUUUGGUGCGGAAAUUCGUCGAGGAAGACCGGAAAAAGCGGUUGACGCGCCUGCGGGUGGAAGACGCGAGCUACGGCUUGUACCUGCACCAAUUAGUUCGCCGGGAUUUGUAUCCACAGCAAAAGUAGUUCUUGUGCGAAAUAUCGCACGGAGUCUUUAUCCUAAUUUUUUGCAAAAAUGUACUUCAUCUUAGUCUUGAUACGCGAAGGCGGAUUUUCUUCCUCAACCGUAGUAGCCGUGCCUGCAUGACAAGUUCCGCUUUUCGUCCUUUUAUUUCUUUUGAAAGCAUUUGCGUUUAUCAGUUUCAGUAUCGUGUGCCAUCAUCCUUCAUCUUCUUUUGCACUGCAUAACUUGGCCUCGGUGACACUCUACGAUAUGAUGGAGGAACAUUUCGCCAUGGAUGCAAAGUACUUUUGUAGUUCUACACUUGUGAUUUUUUUCAUUGUUGCUGUGAAUUCAUCCAAAAAAUCUGAAGAUGUAGAUCAUUUUAUCCCAACAAAAGCCAUUACAUCAAAAUGUUUGCAACUAUAGUACACUCACAUUCACAAAGACUUCUACCCGUGUAUCACUUAUCAGGUGCUGCACCGAAAUCACCCAUCCAAACAAUUGCUGGGCGCCCUUGAACGAUCGCAGUUAUGUCGUGCACCACAUGAAGCCGGAGCAGCUGGUCUGCAUGUUUCGGAAAGAUACCGAAGCAGGCUUGUAUGUGCAGCUCACGACAACUACUUCUGCGGGAGCAGCUCAACAACGAGAAGGAGCCACGGCCGCAAGCCCUCUGGGACCCUUGUUCCCGAAUGCGCCCCCGACUGUUGGAGUAGCCCCGGUCGCUGCUCCCCCGAAGAGAAGAAAAACCGUGAAACAGCAACAAAUGGACAUGUGGUUAAAGAAUUUCGGGGGCGAGCAGAAAAAACUCGAGCAGGAAACGUUCACGAGCGUAGAGUAUGACGUGGGGAACCCGGAGGUCAUGGCGAGCCUUUGCGACUGCGUGUACACGCCACCACCGCAUCCAGAUGAGCCGUUGCAAGGGAAUCAUGUCAACCGCGACCACGCAGACACGGCUGCGCCGAAGUUGCAGUACCGACCUUCGUUCGAGUGGUGAGGGAUGUUGCGAUGGGGUGUUUAAGAAAGCGCACAUUGGCCACGGUUUAAGUAGAUUUGGCUCUUUGACAAGUAAAAAUGAGAAAAUGGAACUCCAUGCUUGUCCUUACGAAGAUGAACUGAUUUGAGAAAGCUUUGGUGGCUUUGUAUUGGAUUGAUAAAAUUGGCAGGAAAUAAUAGAUAAUGUUGUUGUCCUCCUUUGUUUCACCCCGUGAAAUUAAUUUGAUCGUAAUGGACGUCGACGAAUCCACCUCACCCGGUAGCUACGACAGUGGCGUGGCAGGCACCUUUCCUGCAGCGCCAGGAGAUAAAAUCGCGA